UAGAUAAAGAGCAGUCGGAGCCUUUUGUAAACAGAUUGCUCCAGCCCUGGGUGAAGUAACCCAGCAAACCCUCUCUGGGUUACUUUAACCUGCCUGGCUGGGUUACAAACCACCUUUGGAGUGGGUUGUGGAACCAGGGAACUGAGCUCUGGAAACCUCAAGUUGGUUCAGAUUGCUUCAGAUGAAUUCCUGGCUCUUGUUUUAUGUCUCCACUCAGCCAGUAUUGCCUUGGUAUAGAAGGAAGUUAAUGUACAACGGGCUUUGAGGGAGAUUAAGUGCUUUUCAUGCCAAACACAUCCACUGUUGGUACUUUGACUUGUCCUUGAGGGGUUUGGGAGGGGGAGUUGAACCUUUUAAAGCCUGAAGAGCAACAGCUUCACCUGAGAUCCUGAACCAGAUCCCUGUUGCUUCCUGCCUGGGUUAGGACUGAAAACACACACUUCAGAUGCCCUGUGAAGGGUGUGGCACAGAGCCAAUGUGGCCAAUCUGACCCAGCUCAAAGCCUCCACCAUGGGCAGCUCAGACACGGACCAGAAGGCAUCCUACGACGAUGCCUCCAGGGGGCAGGGGGAGGUCGUCAGCACCGUUUCCAGCAGCAUGAACCCUCUGCAGCCACCAGACACCCCCUCAGAGGAGCCUUUUACCACCUACUUUGACAGCAAGAUCCCAAUUCCAGAAGAUGAAACACACUCCUGCUUUAGUUUCCGUAAGCUCUGGGCUUUCACAGGGCCUGGGUUCCUGAUGAGCAUUGCCUACCUGGAUCCAGGCAACAUCGAGUCAGAUCUACAGUCUGGGGCUGUUGCAGGGUUUAAGCUGCUCUGGGUCCUGAUGCUGGCAACCAUCAUCGGGCUGCUGCUGCAGCGCCUGGCUGCACGGCUGGGGGUGGUGACAGGGCUGCACCUGGCUGAGGUCUGUAACCGGCAGUACCCCAAGGUUCCAAGGAUCAUGCUGUGGCUGAUGGUUGAACUUGCCAUCAUCGGGUCUGACAUGCAGGAGGUCAUCGGCUCGGCCAUCGCUAUCAACCUCCUGUCUGUGGGCAAGAUCCCGCUCUGGGGUGGGGUGCUCAUCACCAUCGCUGACACCUUCGUCUUCCUAUUCCUGGAUAAAUAUGGUUUGAGGAAACUGGAAGCGUUCUUUGGCUUUCUGAUCACCAUCAUGGCUCUGACGUUUGGAUACGAGUACAUCACAGUUAAACCCAACCAGGGGAAGCUGCUGCAGGGGCUGUUCAUCCCCUACUGCAAGGACUGUGGCACACCCCAACUGGAGCAGGCAGUGGGCAUCGUGGGGGCUGUCAUCAUGCCACACAACAUGUACCUGCACUCUGCCUUGGUCAAGUCCAGGCAGGUGAAUCGUGCAAACAAGAGGGAGGUCCGAGAAGCCAAUAAGUAUUUCUUCAUCGAGUCCUGCAUCGCUCUCUUUGUCUCCUUCAUCAUCAACAUCUUCGUCGUGACCGUCUUCGCUGAGGCUUUCUUUGAGAAGACCAAUGCAGAUGUGAACAGUGUCUGUGUGAACGCCAGCAGCCCACACUCCUCGCUCUUCCCAAACGACAACCAGACCCUGGAAGUGGACAUCUACAAAGGGGGUGUUGUUCUGGGCUGUUACUUCGGCCCCGCCGCUCUCUACAUCUGGGCCAUCGGGAUCCUGGCUGCUGGGCAGAGCUCCACCAUGACUGGGACCUACUCUGGGCAGUUUGUCAUGGAGGGCUUCCUGAACCUGCGCUGGUCCCGCUUUGCCCGGGUGCUGCUCACGCGCUCCAUCGCCAUCACCCCCACGCUCUUCGUCGCCAUCUUCCAGGACGUCGAGCACCUCACUGGCAUGAACGACUUCCUAAACGUCCUCAUGAGCCUCCAGCUGCCCUUUGCUUUGAUCCCUGUGCUGACCUUCACCAGCCUGCCCGGUGUCAUGAACGACUUUGCCAACGGCCUGUUCUGGAAGAUAGCUGGGGGGGUUCUGAUCCUCCUCAUCUGCAGCAUUAACAUGUACUUCGUGGUAACUUACGUCAUGGACCUGAACCACGUGGCUCUCUACGUCGUGGCAGCAGCUCUCAGCCUGGUUUACUUGUCCUUUGUGGCCUAUUUGAGCUGGUUGUGCCUCAUCUCUCUGGGUGUCUCCUUCCUGGCCUGUGGCAAAACGCUCCGCCUGGGCCUGGCUGCAGCCCCUGAGCUGUUCCUGCUCCACGGCCUGGACGCCGCUGCGCUCGUGGACAGAUGACGGCGCCCCUGGGGGUGACGAUGGCUGCAGGAGACUCCCCUCGUGCCACAGGACUCUGCCCACGCUGGGCACGUGCCCAGGGCUGUGGCUGAGCCCGUGGUCCCUCCCAGGAGGACACAGGUAUUGGAGCAUCAUGAGCAGCAGAAGAUCCAACUGCCCAGGCCUCAGCGUCACCCGUUUAGGAGGGGGGUUGGUGGCACUUUGAGAUACCUCAGGAGAUUUCCCCUCUCUUUGCUGGGAAGGGAUCCUUUGGUAUUUUCACUGUUGAGAGUCACAGAUGAUGGGGUGGGAAGGGCCCUGCAGAGCUGCUGCAGCCCCAGCCCCUGCUCCAGCAGCUUCCCCUGGCUCAGGGGGCACAGGAACGUGUCCAGGGGGGGUUGGGAACCUCCUGAGAAGGAGCCUCCACACCCUCCCUGGGCAGCCUGGGCCAGGGCUCCCUCAGCUCAGCACCAAAGGACUUGCUCCUCCUGGGCCAGGGGCACUUGCUGUGUCCCAGCCUGUGCCCAUCACCCCUUGUCCUGCCACUGGCCACCCCAGCACAAAGCCUGGCCCCAUCCAUCCUCCUUUAGGGACUGAGCAGCACUGAUGAGAUCCCCCUGAGCUCAGGCUUCUGUUCCCCAGGCUGAACAGCCCCAGGGCUGCAGCCUUUCCUCCUCACACACAUGUUCCAUCCCUCAGCAUCUUGCUGGCCCUGCCCUGGCCUCUCUGCAGCACUUCCCUGUCUCUCUGCAGCUGGGGAGCCCAGCACUGGCCCCAGGACUCCAGCUGAGGCCUCCCCAGCUCUGGCAGAGCAGAGGGGCAGCACAACCUCCCUGGCCCUGCUGCCCACACUCUCCUCAUGCCCCCCAGGCUGCCAUUGGCUCCUUGCCCACGUUGCUGCCCCACGUUCCCUUUGCUGCCCAGUUGUUUGAUUCCAGUUCUCCCACCUGCUGAGAUGUUCAUCCUUUUUAGUUUGAUGUGGGAAGGGAGCAGGGCACAGAGAUCCCUUCCCAGUGAUUCUGCCCAGGGGGUUGGGCUCCAAUGAGGAGGAUCAAGAGAAACUGGAGCAAGAUGCCACUGAGAGACUGGUGCCCACUGGGACAAUUUCCCACCUGGAGCUGCUGCAGGGUCUGUACCUACCUCUGUGAUUUUCAGCAUUUCAAUGACCCUCCCCCCAAUUUGCUGCCUUUUCCCCCAAUCCUGGGCACUGCUGGAACCCCCCAGAGCCCCCUCACACCGAGUUUGAGGUCAGGGGCUCCCUCAUGUGCUUUUCACCCCCUUCCUCAGCCUUUUCUUCUUGGCUGCCCCCCUCAGGCUCCAGCUGGAGGCAGCUUUUCAUCUCCCACUUUGCUUUUCCAUCCACUUUAAUUAAACCUUUCCCAAAUGAAGCCUUUUUGUCACCCCUCCCUCAGCCCUGGCAUCACCCCCAGCAGCCACUGUGCCCACACCAGGGAUGGACUUUGCCAGCAAGACUCAACUGAACCUUUUCUCUUCAGCCUCUUUUAGAAAUAAAACUCCUCUUCCUCA